AUGUCAAAUCCAUACGAAACUUAUCCAAGUGUUCCUCGUACUGCUUCUAUUAACGGUUUUGCUGAUAGAAUUUAUGAUCAAUUACCAGCUUGUGCUCAACCAUGUGUUAAAGAAAGUACCAGUUCUACUCCAUGUCCAUACUGGGAUACUGGUUGUUUAUGUGUUAUUCCUGCUUUUACCUCAGCUGUUGGUGAAUGUAUUGCUGAAAAUUGUUCAGGUGAAGAUGUCACUAAUGCUGAAAGUUUAGCUGUUUCUAUUUGUAGUUCAGCUGGUGUUUGGGAACCAUACUGGAUUUUACCAGCAAGUGUUUCACAAGAAUUAAGUGAUGCUGCUAACAGACAGGUUGCAACUUCAACUGCUUCAACUGAGCAACAAACUACUCAAGAACUUGCUACAACUUCAGCUCCAGCUGAAACUACUGCCCAAGAAACUUCUGUUGCUCAAGAAUCUUCAGCUCCUCAAGAAACUUCUGUUGCUGAAGAAUCUUCAGCUCCUCAAGAAACUUCUGUUGCUGAAGAAUCUUCAGCUCCUCAAGAAACUUCUGUUGCUGAAGAAUCUUCAGCUCCUCAAGAAACUUCUGUUGCUCAAGAAUCAUCAGCUCAAGAAACUUCAAGUGUUGAAGGUUCAUCAUCAGCAGCUCAAGGUGAAUCAACUGAAUCAGAAUCAGUCUCAGUUGCAUUAGUUAAUGCUGCAAAUGCUCCAACUAUUGCUUUCGGUGGUAUUGUUGCUUGUUUAGCUGCUUUAUUCUAA